UGUGGCCAUAUCACAAAAUAUAAAUAUGGCGGAGGUAACCCCAAAACCCAAAAAACCGACGAAAUGCUUCGAGAAAAGAUUCUUCUUCGCACGGCUCAUCUUGGCAGGGACACUUCCGUGCCCCUAAAAAAAACUUGAUGACAUCAUUAACAGUGAUAAAAUUUAGUAUUUAAUUCGUCUGCAUAUGUAAUCCUCAUCACUUUGGCUACUGCUAAAAAGGCAUAAUGAAUACACAAGUCGCCAUAACGAUUCUUCUGCUGGUGGGCUUGGUCACAACUGUGCACAGUUCCAACGUCAACAAUGAAGAUGCAGUGGUUUACCCGCGAAAGAAUUAUAUUAUGAAGAUCGUGGUCCCAUUAAACUCGAUGACCCUUAACGAUACAGAUAACAAAUACUUAUUUUAUAUUGACGCUCAAAAGGGACUGUACGUGGAGAAGAAUGGUGAGGUCACGAAGCUUCUUACAAAUGUAGUUGAUAUCGCCGCCACCAUGUACAACAGCACCAAAGUUUACUUAGCAGCGACAGACGGCAUUUACACCUUCAAAGCUAAAGACAGAAUAGCAGAGAAGUACGGUUCUUUGACUGACAACGUGAUUAGCAUCGCAGUGACUAGUGAUACAGAAGAAAUCUACAUCAUAACUAAAGAAAAAGUCCUUUAUAAGGUUACUGAUGGAGGAAAUAGUAAAGUUGAAAUCGCUAAUGUAAAAGACGCGCUUGGGAUGGCGUUGGAUGGAAUGAAUAACCUGUAUUUUGUCGACGGCAAAAAGCAGGUCUUUGUAAGAAGCACUGAUGGUAUUGUGACUAAAGUGAAGGGGUUGCCAGAGAAUCCUACAGUUGUAAAGCUGAUCAAAGGUUUCGGUAGUAGUAUGAGCGUCUCUCUUUUUAUAGACAACAUCAUGUACAGAGUAUAUUUUAAUGGGACCUCUGAAUUCGCAAAUUUCAACUCCUUUAACACGUUGAGUGCGAAACCAGGUCUAUAGACCUUGUGUACGUCUCGCUUACCGUGCGGCUAAGAAAAUUAUAGUCUUCCUUGUCGUGCGAAAGGCAUAACUUCAAUUGGGUCCGGUGUAGGAAAGUGAUGAAUAUAUAUCUAUGAUGUAUUCUUAAAAUAGAAUCCAAUGAUGUACCAACCUUAAUACCAGGUUUUUAGACCUGGUACCGCACGGAAGUAAUAAAAUGUCUUCACAAUGCGAAACCAGGUCGAAGCACCUUGUACCCUGCGCACCUGGUACCGCACCCCACGCUAGCUUCGUGCAGCCAGUGUUGCCUCGCAUUCGUAAGAAACGCACAUGUCGACAUGGCGUCAAGAGAAACAAACAAAAUCAAAACUGCAAAUUGAUUAUAAU